CCGAGUUUUACUUUCCAGCUUGCCAGAUAGUUUCAGUAUUGAAAUUGUCACUUGUGUAAUUACGUCACGAUGACGUGGCUAUAUGCUGUUUGUUUGCUAGCAUUGGCUGGACAAUCUUUGGGACAAUAUGGUGAUGUAUACACGUAUGAUGAAGAAUCACCAGGACUGCCCGAUUACCCCGGUUACAACUACAACGAAUACGGGAACAAUAACGAGGGUUCGGGAUCUGGGGAGACGGAAGCAGCGAGAGGUUCCUUCGUAGUUACAAUUCAACAAAAGUUUCGAAAAGUUUUGCUCCAAGAAACUUCGGUUCGCUUUGAAAGAAUGAGCGAGCGUGUUUCCACAGCGAUCUCUGGUUAUUUAACAAGAGAGCUAUCAGCUGAAGCGGAGGAUUUCACGAUUGAUGUGACGCAAUUCGAACCGAGCCCUGACGUCAACCAGCGUAGAACAAAGGCGAUCCUGGAUAUUACGUUCGAAUCGUAUUCUCCGGUCACAUCUGAGGAGUUAAGUCAAGCAAUGGUCGGGUUCAGCGGACGAAUCGGAAGGGCAAGGGUUACAGAAGUCACCGAUAUUACAGAGCCAGUCGACGUAGAGGAAGGUUUAACUACAGUCCCGCCACCCGAGACGACAACUUUGCCAUCUGUGGCCAUGCAAGCUAUCAUUACUUAUGACAAGAGGUUUGACAGCAGGCUAUUAGACUCAACGUCCAGAGCUUUCACCAAGGAAAAGAACAUCGUCGGUCCUGAGAUUCGUCUCUACCUGUUCGGUUCAGUUACCAGUGGAACAAUUAACACACAAGAAGUAGUUGGCUUUCGAAGAAUGCCACGCAGAAAAACUGGGGUGGUUGUAGCUUUUGAUGUGACUAAUGUAACGCCAGAUGAAAUGUUGCAACAUUUAUUGGGUUUAGUUGGUGAAAGAUUAAGAAGAUCAGCAAUCCUUAAUGCCGAACUUCUUCCCUCAGAAGAACCAACCCCAACUCCACCUCUGGUCACUGAACCAACUCCUGGUGCACCAACAGGAAGAGGAGAUCACGAACCAGAUGUUGAGAGACCAGAUCACUGUCCUCUCAUACUUGCUCCUGAGCAUGGAAACAUGGAUUGUACCAACACUAAUCUUAUUGGUUCAAUCUGUACAUUCUGGUGUGAAGAAGGAAGCUCAUUGGCUGGCCAGGAAUCAUUCGCAUGCGCAGAUGAUGCACACUGGUUGGCUGAAGUGCCCCACUGCCCACGUAUAUUUUGCGAAGAGGACAUUGAUUCGGAAUUUGAGAAUGGCAUGGUUACUUGCUCCCAUCAUAAUCGCUUCAAUUCAUUGUGUACAUUCGAGUGCAAUGAAGGGUAUGAGUUACAAGGUGUUCCGGCAGUAACCUGUGAGAUUUCGGGCCAGUUUACCGGAGAGUGGUCGGACCAAAAACCUCUUUGUGAACUUGUCCCUGUGGAUUGUGUGGUUGAAUACAACGACUGGGGUGCAUGCAGCGAGGGUAUUCGAAGCAAACAAGGAUUUAUUUUAGUUCAAGCUGUUGGGACUGGCACUCCUUGUCCCGAUAUCAUUCCUGCUCAUACUGAACGUUGUGUUGACUGUGGUGUGGAAUGGGGUGAUUGGUCGGCUUGUGCUGAUGGUGUUCGUACAAGAACACAAGUUGUGGCUGUAGAGAAAGUAGGAGCUGGUGAAAACUGCCCUGAACUUCAAACACAAGAUGAAGAGUGCUACGACUGUGAGUAUAGUUGGGGAGAGUGGAGGAGUUGUGAGAACAACAGAGCACAGAGAGUCCAGGUUAUUUCCCAGCCAAGAGUUGGUGCUGGUGAAGAGUGUAUACCUCCCCAAACAGAAUAUCAAGCAUGUGCUGACUGUGUGGUAGCAUGGGAUGACUGGGGCGAGUGUAUUAAUGAUCAGAAGACUAGAUCACAAGUUGUCCAAGUUCCUCAAGUUGGUUCUGGAACAUCAUGUCCUUCAACUCUUGGAACAGAAACUCAAAGUUGCACCAACUGUGUUGUUGAAUGGGAAGAAUUUGGUGAAUGUUCUGGUGGUACAAGGUCCAGGCAGCAGUUUAUUGCGCAACUUGCCACUAGGGGUGGAACAGAAUGUCCACCAUUGGAAACACAAACUGAGGAUUGUGUGCAUUGUGAAUUAGCAUGGAGUACAUGGGGUGAAUGUGAUGGUGGCAGCAGAGUUCGAUUCCAGGAAGUAAUAAGAGAGAAAGUUGGAGCUGGAAAUGAUUGCCCAACAGUUUUAACGGAUAUUGAAGACUGUAUUGACUGCAUCAUUGACUGGGAGGCAUGGGGUACUUGCGAAGGUGGUUCAAGAAGUAGAAGUGAAACUGUUCUUGCUCCUGCUGUUGGUGCUGGUAAAUGCCGGGAUAUUACGACUGAAACUGAAGAUUGUGUUGAUUGUAAACUUGGUUGGUCAGAUUGGAGUGAAUGUGAAGACGGACGCAUUACAAGAACCCAAGUCAUCCUUGUUGCACCUGUUGGGGCUGGUGCUCAAUGUCCAGAUGAAUUAAGAAUUGACACUGAAAGCUGCUCUGACUGUGUUGUUGACUGGGAGGACUGGGGUGAAUGUUCAAAUGGGGAAAGAACCAGAUCCCAAGUUAUUUCGAGAGCUGCUGUUGGCGCUGGGAACGAGUGUCCGGAACUCAGCAGCGAAACUGAACCUUGUGUGGACUGCGAACUUGUUUGGGGAGAUUGGGGUGCAUGUGCUGGAGGAACUCGUAGUAGAAGCCAGGCCAUUGGUACAGCACGUGUUGGAGCUGGAAAGGCGUGCGGUGCCCUACAAGUUCAGAAUGAAGCCUGUGUUGACUGUGAGGUAGAAUGGUCUCCGUGGUCCGAGUGUUCUUCAUUCCAACAAACAAGGACGCAAGUAAUCACCACUGAACAAGUAGGAGCAGGUAGUGCAUGCCCAGAUCUGCUGACUGAAAACCGAGAUUGCUUCGAUUGCGAAGUUGCUUGGAGCGAUUGGACUCAAUGUGCUGAUGGUUCUCGAUCGAGAGAUCAGUUUGUUCUUGCUCCAAAAGAAGGUGGGGGCAAAGAUUGUCCAGAAUUGGAGACACAGAAUGAAGUUUGUACUGAAUGUGUUGUACAGUGGGGUCCAUGGAAAGCAUGUGACCAAGGCACAAGAACCAGAACUCAAUUUGUUUUUAUUGAGCCUGUUGGAGCGGUUCCAGCAUGUCCAAUACUUCAAACUGAUAUUGAAGAGUGCGUUGAUUGUGAGGUCUAUUGGGGUGAUUGGACGGGAUGUGUAGAUGGAUUCCGCACAAGAUCGGAAAAGAUUUUAACAGAUACUGUUGGAGCUGGUGCUGUUUGCCCUGAAUUAAGAACAGAAUCAGAAGUUUGUGUGGAUUGUGAGUUGAAAUGGUCUGAUUGGGGAGAAUGUCUGGAUGGAACCAGAAUCCGUCUUCAGUAUCCUGCUGUACUGAACCAGGGAGCUGGUACGGAGUGUCCAGAAUUACAGACGGAAACUGAAGAUUGUGUACAUUGCGUUGUGGAGUGGGGACCAUGGAGUGAGUGUUUGGAUUUAUCGAGUUCAAGAAGUCAAAUUGUGGUAACGGAAGCGGUUGGAAGUGGAGGAAGAGCUUGCCCAAAACUUCAAACAGAGAUUGAAGGUUGUUCUAAUUGUGUUACUGAAUGGAGUGACUGGAGCUUCUGUGUGAACCAGAAACAAUCAAGAGUACAAUCCAUUGUUACACCACAAUCGGGAAGAGGAGAACAAUGUUCAACUCUUCAAACUGAAACAAGAGAUUGCGCUGAACCUGUUGUUGAACCAACACCAGUUCAGCCUACAGAGCCACCAACAGAGCCACCUACCGAGCCACCAACCGUGCCUCCCACCGAACCAGCCACGGAGCCACCAACAGUGCCACCGACAGAGCCACCAACCGAGCCACCGACGGAGCCACCAACCGAGCCACCGACAGAGCCGCCAACGGAACCACCUACCGUGCCACCAACAGAACCAGCCACAGAGCCACCAACGGAGCCACCAACGGUGCCACCAACCGAGGCAGAGACUGAAGCACCUGAAACGGAUGUUCUCUGCAGAUAUGUCAGAAACUUCCUCGGCCAUGGAAAAGCACCUCGUGAAAGAGACUUGUUGUUGCUUGGAGAUGAAUCCGGAAGCAUUGGUUGGUAUAACUUUGAAAAGACAAAAGACGCUUUCAAGGCUGUUGCAAGGAAUGUUAACGGGGGCAUUGGAGGUCAAGCAACUCAGAUAGCCAUGAUGUCCUUCUCAAGGUGGGCACGCCUGCAGUUUGGUUUUGACCAAUAUGAAACUGCAGAUGAUGUUGUGAACGGCAUUAGUGCCACUAUAUUCCGUGGUGGUUACCGAUCUAAAAUUGGAAGUGCUCUAAAGGAUGCAAAUACAUGGAUGUUCCAACAAUCACAAGGCAUGAGAAGCUUCCCAGGUAAUGAUGAAGAUGAAAUAGACCAUGAGAUAUUAAUCGCAACUGACGGCUGCAGAACUUCUAAUGGAUAUUAUCUUCAAGCGGGUUUGAAAGCAAUCAAGAAGCGUGGCAUUAAGUUAUCAGUGCUGGCUAUCUACGCCAGAGAUCCACGUUGCCAGGAAACUAUUCGAUCAAUGGUUGAUGAUCCUAACGAUCUUUAUGAAAUUGGUGACUGGGCAGCACUGGUUGAAAUGACAAAGCAAAUAGACGCUGGUGCAUGCAGGCAGUGAUCUUUCACUUCUGGUCAAUUUUUAAGUUUUCCGGAGUUCACUAUUUCGCAACACACUAUCAAACAACCUUUACAUUCCUGCGUAAAAUUUUUCUACAAAAAGUAAAGCCUUAGUACUUAGUUUAAUAUCCCAACAUGUUCUCCUAAUAUAGUUCCAUCUACCAUGUAAAUAACAGACACAUUCCAACGUCCAUGCAGUUGACAGUUGUUCCGCUUUUUCUUCUUCACCCACUUCUGGGACCACGAGCACAGGAUUAACUGCAGUAAAACUGCUUUGUUGUGUUUUGUAACUUUAGGAAAUGCAAUGAGCCCAGUGCAGCCUUACUACCGUGUACCAGCUAACGUGUUCAUCUGUACAUAAUCACCGCUGCUUUACAGCAUGUAUUACAUCAUAAUACAACAUGGCAUUAUGCUCAUGAUGGUUUUGGGAAGUCAUCAUUGAAUAAUAAACCAUUACAUCAUGGAG